AUGAAUAUUUCUUGUGUUAAAUGUAUAUUCAAUCGACAAAUAAUUAAACUUCCAUUUUUAAGACGUUGGUAUUCUGAUAUAAAUACAAGCACUUAUGAUUUCAAAGAGCCACAUUUUGGUUUACUUUUUGAUAUUGAUGGUGUUUUAACACGUGGACGAAAAUUAUUACCUUAUACACGUGAUGCAUUUCGUAAACUUGUAUCAACAUCUGGACAAUUUCGUGUUCCAACUGUAUUUGUUACUAAUGCUGGUAAUGAAUUACGUUCAUCAAAAGCUGCAAAACUUUCACAAAUUCUUGGAAUUCCAGUUUCAGCAGAACAAGUAAUCAUGUCACAUAGUCCAUUAAAAAUGUAUACUGAAUUUCAUAAAAAACAUUGUUUAAUUAGUGGUCAAGGACCAAUAGCUGAUAUAGCAAAAAAUUUAGGUUUUACAAAAGUAACAACUAUUGAACAGUUAUGUGAUGCUUUUCCAAAUCUUGAUAUGGUUGAUCAUAAAAAACGACGAGGAUUUCAUUCACCAUUUCGAGAUUAUUUUUUACCUAUUGAGGCUGUUGUUCUAUUUGGUGAACCAGUUAGAUGGGAAACAUGUUUACAAUUAAUUAUUGAUGUCUUAAUGACAAAUGGAAAUCCUUCAUCACCUAUUAUACGUCCACCUGUUUCACAUUUACCUAUUUUAGCUUCAAAUGCUGAUCUUUUAUGGAUGGCAGAAGCUGCUUUACCUAGAUUUGGGCAUGGAUCAUUUAUGUAUUGUUUAGAAAAUUUAUAUAAAAAAAUAUCUGGUCAUUUUCUGCAAUAUACAGCAAUUGUUGGUAAGCCAAGUGAAAUAACAUAUUAUCAUGCCGAAUACCUUAUAUCACGACAUGCACAUGAACUUGGUUAUAAACAACCAAUAAAACGUAUAUAUGCUGUUGGUGACAAUCCCGAUACCGAUAUAUUUGGUGCAAAUGUUUAUAAUCGUUAUUUACAAACUCGAGCAUUAUCGAAAUUAAAACAAGUUGUUACACAAACAGUUAAUUCAUCACCAAUAUUUGACACAAAUGCAUGGAAUCAUUCAAAUGCUGUUGAAUUAGUUGCUAGUGAUGCUGAACAUUAUUAUUCAGCAGAAAAUAUUCAAUCAAUACUUGUUUGUACAGGUGUAUAUAAUCAAGAAGCAUAUGAUGAAUCAUCAUGUUUAAAUCAUGGUCAUCGUGAUAUGAUCAUUGAUCCUGAACUUAAAAAACCGAAAUAUACAGUUGAACAUGUUCUAGAUGCUGUUAAACUUGUUUAUGAAAUUGAACAGUUCCAUUAG